CGGCGAGGCUGCGGCGGGGACGCCCAGAAGGGGUCCGGGCGGCUGGGGGCGGCGGCGGCCGGGUCGGGGCUCCCCCCCCGCCCGCGCUCGCCGCGGCGGUGGUGCGUCCCGGAGGUUACCGGAAGUGGCCGCGCUCGGCGCUGCCAUGUUGAGGAGCCGCCGCUGCCGCUGCCGCCGCCGCCGCCGCCGCCGCUUUGUUGUCGCCUCCUCCGGCUGAGGAGGCUCCCCGAGCGGGGGGAGUGGGGAGGAGGGGGGUCGGCCGCCGCAGCCAUGGAGGCCAACUGGACCGCGUUCCUGUUCCAGGCCCAUGAAGCCUCCCAUCACCAACAGCAGGCAGCACAGAACAGCUUGCUGCCCCUCCUGAGCUCUGCUGUGGAACCCCCUGAUCAGAAACCAUUGCUUCCAAUACCAAUAACUCAGAAACCUCAAGCGGCACCAGAAACAUUAAAGGAUGCCAUUGGGAUUAAAAAAGAAAAACCCAAAACUUCAUUUGUGUGCACUUACUGCAGUAAAGCUUUCAGGGACAGCUAUCACCUGAGGCGCCACGAGUCCUGCCACACAGGGAUCAAGUUGGUGUCCCGGUCAAAGAAAACUCCCACUACGGUGGUUCCCCUCAUCUCCACCAUCGCUGGGGACAGCAGCAGAACUUCGUUGGUCUCAACCAUUGCUGGCAUCUUAUCAACAGUCACUACAUCUUCCUCGGGCACCAACCCCAGCAGCAGUGCCAGCACCACAGCUAUGCCCGUGACCCAGUCUGUCAAGAAACCCAGUAAGCCUGUCAAGAAGAACCAUGCCUGCGAGAUGUGUGGGAAGGCCUUCCGAGACGUGUACCACCUCAACCGGCACAAGCUCUCCCAUUCGGACGAAAAGCCCUUCGAGUGUCCUGUUUGUAAUCAGCGCUUCAAGAGGAAGGACCGGAUGACUUACCAUGUGAGGUCUCACGAAGGAGGCAUCACCAAACCCUAUACUUGCAGUGUUUGUGGGAAAGGCUUCUCGAGGCCUGACCACUUAAGCUGUCACGUAAAACAUGUCCAUUCAACAGAAAGACCCUUCAAAUGCCAAUUUUCCUCCCUCAUGCAGACGUGCACUGCUGCCUUUGCCACCAAAGACAGACUGCGGACACACAUGGUGCGCCACGAAGGCAAGGUAUCGUGUAACAUCUGUGGGAAGCUUCUGAGUGCAGCGUACAUCACCAGCCACUUAAAGACACACGGGCAGAGCCAAAGUAUCAACUGUAAUACAUGUAAACAAGGCAUCAGUAAAACAUGCAUGAGUGAAGAGACCAGCAACCAGAAGCAGCAGCAGCAGCAGCAGCAACAGCAGCAGCAGCAGCAACAUGUGACGAGCUGGCCAGGGAAGCAGGUGGAGACACUGAGACUGUGGGAAGAAGCUGUCAAAGCAAGAAAGAAAGAAGCUGCUAACCUGUGCCAAACCUCCACGGCUGCUACGACACCUGUGACUCUCACUACUCCAUUCAAUAUAACGUCCUCUGUGUCGUCUGGGACGAUGUCAAACCCAGUCACAGUGGCAGCUGCAAUGAGCAUGAGAAGUCCAGUAAAUGUUUCAAGUGCAGUUAACAUAACCAGCCCAAUGAACAUAGGGCACCCUGUAACUAUAACCAGUCCGUUAUCCAUGACCUCUCCUUUAACACUCACUACCCCAGUCAACCUUCCCACCCCUGUCACUGCUCCAGUGAAUAUAGCACACCCUGUCACGAUCACAUCUCCAAUGAACCUGCCCACACCUAUGACAUUAGCUGCCCCUCUCAAUAUAGCAAUGAGGCCUGUAGAGAGCAUGCCUUUCUUACCCCAAGCUUUGCCUACAUCACCACCUUGGUAAACAGUAUUAUAAAAUCAAAAUAUGGGUUAAAGUAAAUAUUUACCAGCAACUUACUUUUAGUUUAUUAAAGCAAAAAGUAAACCAUGAAAUCGGGAGAUUUUAUUACAUUAGUUAAUAAUAGUGUAGUAGCAUUUUUCUCCAAUUUGGCUGGGAUUAUUCAAAGUAGGGUGUGUAUGUAACUUAUCACUGGACCACUUUAGUCUAAUCAGAAAUUCCUUUUAGCUGACAGCAUUGCUUAAACAGGAUAGUAGUUGGCAAGAUAAAAUGCCAGAAUUAAAACCAAUCAUAAAAAAGCAAAACCCAUUUCAAAAUAAAAAAACAGCAUUAUUGUUUCUAAUCCCAAGAAAUCAUUUUAUUCUAAACACUAGCAAAACUCUUCUCCCCAUAUAAAGUGGAUGGGUGGAUGGCUGAUUUUAACCUGAAGUCCUAAAUCCACAGAUAGAGAGCUAGUGUAGAAUUGUCUGUGUUUAUUGUUUUUAUGAGUAAAUACAUGCAUUGUCAUAAUAAAAUGCAUUUCAGAGAAUAUGCAUUUUACCUUUGGGAAUAUGUUAAUUUCAGGCAGCAUUCCCUAUGGGAAAGGUGAUACCAGCUCUGAUAUGCAAAGCAUAUGAUAAUUUAUCAUUCUAACUUCAACAUAUAAUAGGGAUUGUGACCUGAUAUUUGGAGAUGUAAAUAUUGCUCAGCAUAUUAAUCCUGAUGGAAUAUAGCAUUGUAGUUGACUUUUUAAAAAAAAAAAAAAAAUUAAAAAAACAACAACAACAACAACCAAAAUAUACAAAUUGUGUUUUGGUAAGAAAAGGCCUCAACUGACAGCGGAGAAGUCAAGUGUGUGGACAGGCAGACUCCUAACAAACAGAGGCCAGUGGGACUCCUUUCAGGAGCCAAGGAGUACUUUGGAACAGUUAAAAUAUAUUGCUUUAAAUUGGAAGAUGCUGGAGGCACUGGGAUGUGAUAUGCCCCUCUCUCUCCCAAUCAGAGCCUGUUGAUGUUACAACAGGGAAAGAUGUGUUAGUUGCUCACUAGAGUUUAUGUCUUAUAUUAAAUUGUAUACAGUUUUUAUUCUAACCACUAACUAGGUAGUAUGCCCCUUCAGAACAGCAGAGUGUAUCUUCUUUUUUUUUUUUAAUUUCUCCUUCCGUUUCUUAAUCAAGUAUUGUGCAGAUUUGUUCAACUUUGUAAAUAUGGACAUCACUUUUUUUUUUUCUUUGAAAAAACACUUGUAUCAGCUUUGUGGUGUUUUCAGGGAGACAGCUAUCUGUACUCCCUGUAGAAACCCAGCAAUGAUUGUGCACGUUAAGACAUGUGCUUUUUAUUUCUUAGCAGGAUGUUUUAUCUCUGUACAUAAAGUAAAAACCAAAAGUUAGGGAAACAGAUACUCUUUACACCAUCAUGCCACACAUGUUUUGAAAGCAUUGUGUUUAAAAAAAAAAAAAAGUUACUAAAACCAAGACGCUGUGAUUUUUUUUAAGUUGCAAUAUGUUUUGGGUUUUUUUUUUUUUCUUUUUUAAUCUUGCAGUUAAGAGAAGUGGAAUUUAGUUGUAUUAAUCUUGCAGAAUGUUUGCAGGACUGACUAUCAAACUGGAUGACUUCCGUUUAUACCCCACUGUGUCAGUUCAAGCAUCAAACACCUUACAUCUGAGGCAGACUUCCUACAUCAGGGACAGGUAUCUGUGUGUCAUUAUACAAAACAGUUCGAGGGGG